UCCAGCUUCAACACGACCUCACAGCCCAACAAUCCACCACCGCGCCACCCCGCGGUCGAGCAAACAAUGGAAAUCGGCAAACGACUACUCCCCCAAGUAGUAGACCACUACGCCCGCACCAGCCCCCACAAAGUCUACGCCUCCAUCCCCAAAUCCACCUCCGACCUCUCCGAUGGCUACCUCGACAUCACCAUGCGCAAGCUGUCCGCCAUCGCAAGCCGGCUCUCGACCUGGCUCUCCGGCCUCCUGGGCGCCGGCAACCUGGAGACAAUCGCCUACAUCGGACCCGCCGACAUCCGGUACGCCGCCGUCUUCCUGGCGGCCGUCAAGUGCCGGUACAAGCUGGCUGGGGUUCACGCCUACAUCGAUCUACCGAUAUUCUACGGCAACGCAACCGUUGUCUUUGGCCCCACGAACAUACCACCGAGUGGCUAUCUCCUGUCGGAGAUCCUCAAACAUCAAUAUGUGCAGGCAUUCUACGUACCACCAUUCAUUAUCGAGCAAUGGGCCGCAGAACCAGCAGCCAAAGAGCAAGCCGAGCAGCUCGAUUUCAUUCUCUACGGCGGCGGUCCCCUUUCCCCCAACGUUGGACAAGCGCUGAGCCAACACACGAACGUCUGUCAGAUGUACGGCUCGCUUGAGACAGGUCAGGUGCAACUCCUUGUUCCACAGUCAGGGGAAUGGUCCUACAUGGAACUCAACCCCUACGAGGAGGCCGACAUGCAGCCCUGCGAAGACGGCAGCUUCGAGAUGGUCCUACAUCAAGACGCGAGGUUUGCCACGCGACGGUCAGUGUGGCACAACUUCCCCGGUCACAAGGAGUGGCGGACCGGUGACUUGUUUGUCCCUCACCCCUCAAAGCCCGGGCUAUGGCGUUUUCAUGGUCGGGUGGAUGAUCUCAUCGUGUUUUCGAGUAGCUAUAAGCUGCGCCCAGUUGAAAUGGAGACCUUGAUACAGGGAAACCCCUUACUCGCUGGGGCUCUCAUUGUCGGACAAGGGAAAUCGGAACCGCUCUUGAUUGUAGAGCCUAAGCCUGGCGCGUACGAGGCUGGGAGUAGCCAAAGUGCCUUUAUCGAAAAAAUAUGGCCCACCAUUGAUGACGCAAACAAGAUUGCGCCGCGGUAUGCCAAGAUUGACCGUUCUAGGGUUUUGUUAGCAGACCCUGAGCGACCAUUUAUUCGCGCACCCAAGGGGAGCAUUGUCCGAAAGCUAACGACGAAAGCCUACGCUAAAGAUAUUGAAUCUGCGUAUGCUGAUGAUAGCUCUAAGAAUCCUGAGCUAGACCAGGCGGCUGUGGGCGGCGCCCUCACAAGCUUUUUCCUUCCCGGCCUAAAAGAAUUUGUACGGAAGCAUGUUACGGAUCAUCUCAAAGGCAUCCCCAUCUCCGACACAGACAAUAUAUUUGUCAGUGGUCUGGACUCUCUUGGUGCUGCCGCACUUAACAGAAGCCUCCAAAGGGGGCUCGCCAGCCAAGCGCAGGCUAUAGGCAGGGGCACCGCUGACAUGAUACCUCUGCGCCUCGUAUAUAUGAAUCCGACUAUCGAGAAGCUCGCAAGUGUCAUCCUCAACAUAAUUACCAAAAAGGAGGUUCCAGAUGUCUCUAUUAGCAACGAUAUCGAAGGCAUGAAGAGCGUCCUCAAGGAUCUUACAGAAGCGUUGCCCCCCAAACCGGCCGCAGUUUCUGGAGCUAUUCCCGCUAUCUCCACUGGUAGCAUCAACGUUGCCCUGAUAGGACCGCGAGGUUCAGUAGGACCUCACAUCGUGCGAGACCUCCUGUGUGACCCCCGAGUGGGAAAAAUAUAUUGCUUAAACCGUGGGGAGGAUGGAAAGGAGCGCUUGCGUGCGAUUUUCAGAGACCGUAAUCUGUCUGGCAACGUCGACGACGGACGUCUAUCAUUCAUGUCCAUCGACUUCGGCAAGCCUCGUCUCGGCCUCUCCCCCGCCCAUUUCGACGAGCUAGUUAACGAAGUAAACGUAUUCAUUCACAAUGCAUGGCGCGUCGAUUUCUCCUGGACGCUUGAAUCGUAUAGGGAAACCUACCUACGCAGCGUUCGCGAGUUGGUCGAGCUCUCCUCUCUGAGCCCUCUGAAGCCGCGAAUCGCCUUCGUAUCAUCCACUGCGUCCGUCCAGCAGUGGGCUGCUGUCUUUCCGUCCCGGGCUGUUUAUGAGGCGCCCCUCGAGUCCUAUGAAGUCGCAUCUCCUCUCGGUUACGGCCAAUCAAAGCACGUAGCGGAGCGUUUGUUGGAUAUGGCCAGCCGUACAUCCGGCACGCCUGCCACAAUCCUCCGCGUUGGGCAGGUGGCGGGCCCAAUAGACCCAAGUAGUGGAGGAGGCAAGUGGUCGACAGAUGAGUGGGUUCCUUCACUAGCUGCCAUCUCUAAGGUGCUACGAUUAGUUCCUUCUGAUCUCCCGGACAUCGACUGGAUACCAGUAGAAGCAACUAGUCGGGCCAUCGUCGAGCUGGCCCUUCUCCGUAGUGAUGAGGACAAUGCGAGUGCGGACCAGCUCAGGGUCUUCAACGUCGUCAACCCGAAUUUAUCAGACUGGUCUAUCUUCGCUGAAGCCUUGCAGAGACGACUUACCCUCGACAAGAGUCAAGCUGAGGGUGGUUGUCGGCAGACAUCGCUGGCGGAAUGGGUUGAUGCUUUAGUACGAGCUGACCCAAACACUAUGCCGGAGGCUGAUGCCAAAUCAUCUACGAAAAUAUUCCCAUUCUUCCAGCAUCUGGCUGAGACGGGGCGGCGCGGGUUUGCCUUGCAGCCCAGAUUUGACAGCUCAAAAGCAGUAAAGAACAGUAGAGCAAUGCAGGCAACGAGGAAAAUAGAUGAAGGUCUAAUUGAUGAGUGGCUUAAGCAGUGGGGGAUCUGA